CAAUUCUUAUUAGGUCGAGAGCAAGUAUAUUUCUUCAUUAUUAUUUUAAUAUUUUUAAGGUAUGAUGGUAGAGAGGGCUGCUCAGCAGGUACUGGGCCUUACUCUGUACGAAAAAGUUUCUACUUGCAAAGUACUGGUCGUUGGUGCUGGUGGUAUAGGUUGUGAAAUUCUUAAAAAUUUAUCAACAACUGGUUUCAGAAACAUUUUUUUGGUUGACUUGGAUACUGUAGAUGUGAGUAAUCUCAACAGACAAUUUUUGUAUCAACUACAUCAAGUAGGAAAAUCUAAAGCAGAGGCUGCUGCAGAUACCAUAAGAUCUUUCAAUCCAAACAUCCAGAUUACCGGAAGCCACGCCGAUAUAAGAAGUUUUGAGUACAAUGUUGAGUUUUUUGAAAAGUUUGAUAUAGUUUUCAACGCUCUUGAUAACUUGAGCGCUCGGAUCCACGUCAACCGAAUGUGCUUAGCAGCGAAUCUCCCUCUCAUUGAAAGCGGCACCACAGGCUACCUCGGCCAGACGACUGUUAUCAAGCGGGGUUUGACUGAGUGCUUUGAGUGUACACCGAAGCCCGUUCCUAAGCGCUUUCCUGUAUGCACUAUACGUAGUACACCAUCUUUGCCGAUCCACUGCGUUGUUUGGGCGAGGCACCUCUUCAGUCAGCUGUUUGGCCACGCAGAUGACGAAAGCGCUGUUUCGCUUAGUGUGAACGCGCAGGAAUUAAGAUCCGCUGAGCAUGAUUUAGUUACUGAUUUACCGAAAUCUUUAAGGAAAUGGGCUGUUUCUCUGAACUUUGAUCCGUAUAAAAUUAUGCACAAGUUGUUCUCGGAGGACAUACAUACAUUGCUCAGCAUGGACACUCUCUGGCGAAACAGGAAUCCCCCGCAACCCCUUAACUGCUACGCCCACGCCAAGACCGAGAAGGUGCAAAGUCCAGUGUACGAAAAUCCUCACUGUUUGCCGGAUCAGAGUGUUUGGUCUGUGGAUGAGUGCGUUGAUCACUUUUGUCGAAGUAUAAAAGAGCUACGCGAUCGCUGGGAAGGUCUAACCAAUGAUCUUACCGAACUUUUAUGGGACAAAGAUGAUUCUUCUAUGAUGCAAUUUGUAACUGCCGCUGCAAAUUUACGUGCUUAUGCUUUUGGGAUUCCCGCUAGCAAUUUGUUUGAAAUAAAAGCCUUAGCAGGCAGCAUCAUUCCUGCAAUAGCAACAACUAAUGCGAUCAUUGCGGGGAUUUGUGUGAUCGAAGCGCUCCAUAUACUGAGUGGAGAUUUCGACAAAUGCCAAACUACUUUUUUAAAAACGGAAAAGAAUUCCAGAAACAGAUUGCUUGUUCCAGAAAAGCUUGUACCGCCCAACCCGAAGUGCUACGCCUGCGCUGAACAGCCAGAAGCGAAGCUCUUUGUAAAUCUUAGCAAAUUUACUUUAGAAGAUCUGAGAAGCAAAAUCUUAAUUGGUAGCCUUGGGAUGUUGGCUCCGGACGUGUGCAUGGGGCCAAAAUUACUUCUCUCCAGUGAAGAGGAACAUGCAGGGAUCAACAAAGCAAAAACUCUUAAGGAGGUCGGGGUACGUCCAGGUUCCCUUCUAGAGGUCGAAGACUUUCUUCAAGACCACAAAAUUCGACUUUUCGUGGCGGAGAAAGACACUUUCCAGGAUCAGGAUGGCUUUGAACUAGAAAGCAGGAGUAUCGAUUCAGAAGAAAAUACUAGUAAACGGCCCUCCUCGGAAGUUCUAAAAAGAGAUCUAGAGGAAAUUGAGGAGAACCUUUUCAGUAAAAGGUUUAAAAAGAACUAGGAGGAACCUUUCUAGCAACACCAUUUUAAGACUUUACUCUGAGAUGCUUUUUUUUAAAAAAAUGUAGUUUUUACAGUCA